AUGCAGGAGUUUUUUGCAGCACUGUGGCUGCUGAAGAAUCCAGAUAAGAUCGGGGAUGUUUUUCAGCAGAGCCUCACUGAGGAGAAGAAACACAUGAAACAUCUGAUCCCUUUCAUGUGUCGACUGCUGACUGACAAGAGACCUAGUUUGAUGAAGCAUCUGAUUCCAGCUCAGGAGCUCAAGAACACGUCUGACUGGUUCUUCGAGGAACUGAUAACCACAUUUUUAGAGGCUGACACAGAGGACAGUGGACUUGAUGUGGACAUACUGUUCUUAUGUCAGUGCUUGUAUGAGUCCCAGUGUCCUGAAGCGAGCAUCAGCUUCCUGGAGAAACUGGACUACGCUCUUGAUCUCAGUGGAGAGAGUCUCGAGCCUUACCUUUGCUCUGCUGUGGCCUACGUGGUCACUCAGUCGAAGGAGAGGAAAAUAUGGCUGAACCUGGAGGACGUCAUGGUGUCAGAGCAAGGAAUGAGACGACUGUUAGGAUGCCUUCAAAAUGUCCAGUGGUGUGGUCCUCUGCCACGGCAGCUGUGGGAGAUUUUCCUUCUCAGUGAAGACAGAUGGCAGAUGAACCACAUCAGCUUACUCAGCCUGGAUGGAAAUCAGUUGCACCUUCCAGUUGAGGGUAAAAGACGGCUGUUUGAAAGAGCAGUAAAAGUCAUGCAGAAGAUCACUAAACAGCUUAAUAUCUGCCUCCACUGGGACAGGAAAACUCCUGCCUGCCAAAGUCUGUGCGAGUCUCUCUUAGAGGCUUUGCCUAUCCACUCACUCAGCACUUUUCCAGUCAUCUCCUGCAGUCUGGUCAUAAACCUCUCAGAGAGAAAGACCUCCAUCCUCCUGGAAGUGCUGAAACUCCAACCAGAGAAGAAACCAGUGGAGCUGACAGGCUGCUCAGAUGAAGAGAGUGAAGUGAGGAGUUUCCUACAGUGUCUGCCUUAUAUCUCACAGCUCAGAGGCUCAGGAGAAGUCAAGUUCUUUGGGAAUCUGUUCUGUGCAGCAGCAGAGAGAGAACAGCAGACAGGAGAGAAGAUACUGGAGCUGUUAUCAUCAGUGUGCAGAUAUCAAACAUUCCCUCUUAAAGAGAAAUGGUGUGAUUUCCUGCUGGACCUGUACUCUCAUGAUCCUAAAACGGGCUUGAGAGUCCUUCCAUCAUUACAGUCAGUUUUCCAGUCAGCUCCUGCAGUCUGGUCCAUAAACCUCUCAGAGAGAAAGACCUCCAUCCUCCUGGAAGUGCUGAAACUCCAACCAGAGAAGAAACCAGUGGAGCUGACAGGCUGCUCAGAUGAAGAGAGUGAAGUGAGGAGUUUCCUACAGUGUCUGCCUUAUAUCUCACAGCUCAGAUUCUCUUGGCGGUUUAGAGGCUCAGGUGAAGUCAAGUUCUUUGGGAAUCUGUUCUGUGCAGCAGCAGAGAGAGAACAGCAGACAGGAGAGAAGAUACUGGAGCUGUUAUCAUCAGUGUGCAGAUAUCAAUCAUUCCCUCUUAAUGAAGAAUACUUGGAUGAAGAUGAUGAUUUCAAGGAUUGUCAGAGUGGUUUCCUGCUGGAUCUGUACUCCCACCUGAAGGACUGUGAGAUUAAAACAGGCUUGAGGGUCCUUCCGUCAUUACAGUCAGUUUUCCAGUCAGCUCCUGCAGUCUGGUUCAUAGACCUCUCAGAGAGAAAGAUCUCCAUCCUCCUGGAAGUGCUGAAACUCCAACCAGAGAAGAAACCAGUGGAGCUGACAGGCUGCUCAGAUGAAGAGAGUGAAGUGUGGAGUUUCCUACAGUUUCUGCCUUAUAUCUCACAGCUCAGAUUCUCUUGGCGGUUUAGAGGUUCAGGUGAAGUCAAGUUCUUUGGGAAUCUGUUCUGUGCAGCAGCAGAGAGAGAACAGCAGACAGGAGAGAAGAUACUGGAGCUGUUAUCAUCAGUGUGCAGAUAUCAGUCAUUCCCUCUUAAAGAGAGACACAUGGAUGAUGAAUAUUAUCAGAGUGGUUUCCUGCUGGAUCUGUGCUCCCACCUGAAGGACUAUGAGACUAAAACAGGCUUGAGGGUCCUUCCAUCAUUACAGUCAGUUUUCCAGUCAGCUCCUGCAGUCUGGUUCAUAAACCUCUCAGAGAGAAAGACCUCCAUCCUCCUGGAAGUGCUGAAACUCCAACCAGAGAAGAAACCAGUGGAGCUGACAGGCUGCUCAGAUGAAGAGAGUGAAGUGAGGAGUUUCCUACAGUGUCUGCCUUAUAUCUCACAGCUCAGAUUCUCUCAGCGGUUUAGAGGCUCAGGAGAAGUCAAGUUCUUUGGGAAUCUGUUCUGUGCAGCAGCAGAGAGAGAACAGCAGACAGGAGAGAAGAUACUGGAGCUGUUAUCAUCAGUGUGCAGAUAUCAAACAUUCCCUCUUAAAGAGAAAUGGUGUGAUUUCCUGCUGGACUUGUACUCUCAUGAUCCUGAAACAGGCUUGAGAGUCCUUCCAUCAUUACAGUCAAUUUUCCAGUCAGCUCCUGCAGUCUGGUCCAUAAACCUCUCAGAGAGAAAGACCUCCAUCCUCCUGGAAGUGCUGAAAUUCCAACCAGAGAAGAAACUAGUGGAGCUGACAGGCUGCUCAGAUGAAGAGAGUGAAGUGAGGAGUUUCCUACAGUGUCUGCCUUAUAUCUCACAGCUCAGUGUCUCUUUCUGGUUUAGAGGCUCAGGUGAAGUCAAGUUCUUUGGGAAUCUGUUCUGUGCAGCAGCAGAGAGAGAACAGCAGACAGGAGAGAAGAUACUGGAGCUGUUAUCAUCAGUGUGCAGAUAUCAAACAUUCCCUCUUAGAUACAUGAAUGAUGAAUAUUAUCGUUGUGGUUUCCUGCUGGAUCUGUGCUCCCACCUGAAGGACUAUGAGACUAAAACAGGUUUGAGGGUCCUUCCAUCAUUACAGUCAGUUUUCCAGUCAGCUCCUGCAGUCUGGUCCAUAAACCUCUCAGAGAGAAAGACCUCCAUCCUCCUGGAAGUGCUGAAACUCCAACCAGAGAAGAAACCAGUGGAGCUGACAGGCUGGUCAGAUGAAGAGAGUGAAGUGAGGAGUUUCCUACAGUGUCUGCCUUAUAUCUCACAGCUCAGAUUCUAUGACAAGUUUGAAGAAUCAGAUCUAGUCAAGUUCUUUGGGAAUCUGUUCUGUGCAGCAGCAGAGAGAGAACAGCAGACAGGAGAGAAGAUACUGGAGCUGUUAUCACCAUACUUGGAUGAAGAUGAUGAUGAAUAUCGUUGUGGUUUCCUGCUGGAUCUGUGCUCCCACCUGAAGGACUAUGAGACUAAAACAGGCUUGAGGGUCCUUCCAUCAUUACAGUCAGUUUUCCAGUCAGCUCCUGCAGUCUGGUCCAUAAACCUCUCAGAGAGAAAGACCUCCAUCCUCCUGGAAGUGCUGAAACUCCAACCAGAGAAGAAACCAGUGGAGCUGACAGGCUGGUCAGAUGAAGAGAGUGAAGUGAGGAGUUUCCUACAGUGUCUGCCUUAUAUCUCACAGCUCAGUUUCUUUUUCUGGUUUAGAGGCUCCGGUGAAGUCAAGUUCUUUGGGAAUCUGUUCUGUGCAGCAGCAGAGAGAGAACAGCAGACAGGAGAGAAGAUACUGGAGCUGUUAUCACCAUACUUGGAUAGUUAUGAUGAUGAAUAUCGUUGUGGUUUCCUGCUGGAUCUGUGCUCCCACCUGAAGGACUAUGAGACUAAAACAGGCUUGAGGGUCCUUCCAUCAUUACAGUCAGUUUUCCAGUCAGCUCCUGCAGUCUGGUCCAUAAACCUCUCAGAGAGAAAGACCUCCAUCCUCCUGGAAGUGCUGAAACUCCAACCAGAGAAGAAACCAGUGGAGCUGACAGGCUGGUCAGAUGAAGAGAGUGAAGUGAGGAGUUUCCUACAGUGUCUGCCUUAUAUCUCACAGCUCAGCUGUGAUCCAGAGUUCUUCCAGAGUCUGUGUGCAGUCAUCUCUGUAAGAUCCAGAGAGGCAGAGCAGUUGGCCUCUGUGCUGCAGCUCCUGGGCUUCACCCUGCUGUUAACAGGGAGUUACACAGGAAAACCUGCAGGCUUUCCAGCGACAUGGCUUGCUACUGUGUCGAUGGGUGAGAAGAGGGAGAGCGGCCUGUCCACUGAGUCAGGAGAUUUUCCAGCAGCUCCUCUCCCUCCCCAUGAAGUCCAGGACGAGGUCUUGACCCGGUCCUUCUUGAGUAAGGCCCAGCCCGGCUUUGUGUUGACUGCCAUCAGAGAGAUCUAUAAAGCUCGUGCCAGUCCCAUUAUACCCAGUUUACUGAGGUCACUGGAUCAUGUGAUCAAACCUGACCUGCAGAGAGAUGGACUCUGUGGACUGGUGCUCUGCUCUUCACCCUCAAACACAGUGACAGAGUUAAACUGA